AUGGCAUACUACCCCUCCAUGCCCGCCCCAUACUACGGCCCAUACGCAUACCCCCAAGCGUACCCCCAAGUCCAACCCAUGGCAGGUGUCCCAACGGCGGGCAUGGUAUCCAUGGGGGUUCCAAUAGCUCCUAUGGCUGGCGUCCCCAUGGUCCAACCACAGCAAUACUACUACUCCCCCGCCUAUUCCCAAUACCAGCGCUACGCAGGAUACCCUGGCUACGACCCGUACAUGGGCACCACCCCUGUCGCUUAUGAACCCUGCCUCGCGACCCAGGUGACCGCCCCGGCAUACUACCAGCCCUACAUGGGCGCAACUCAAUAUGGUAGCGACGCGUGGUGGCCCCACGACCGUAACCCAGACCAGUGGUACUCCAACGACCGCAACGGCGUUUACCGUCCCGUGCGGCGGUUCCGUGAUCUGCUUGUCCGCAUUCUUUCAUAA